UUGCAAUGUCUGGUUACCUGCCAUUGGAAUUUGGAACCAUUAAAUAAUCAACCAAGAAAGAGAGUGCGAGGAAGGAGAGAAUCCUCAUUGAUUUUGAAUCCUAUACAAUAAUAAUAACUCACUUUCUUUGACUUAAGAUCUUGUCUUUCUUCACUCGUUUUCCCCCUUUUCACUUACUAUAAGCGAACCCUAAAUCCCUUCCCCCUUUUCUCUUAUGAUUCCAGAAGUUCAUUUUUCAAUUUCACAAUUUCAACGCAGAUUCUCGUAGAUCUGAUUUCCCUCAUUUCUACUUUCCCCCUUAUUCUUUUUCUAGAUUUGGGGGAAAAUGGGUCUGCGUUUAAACCCUAGAAAUAGUUCGUCGACUUUUUACUUCAUUCUUCUCUCUAUAUUUUUGAUCAGUUUGUUGCUUGUUUCUACUAUCUCAGCUCAGGAAUCUGGUGCUGAUGAUCAGAAUGAGAGGGUUGGUGGAUCAAUUAAGGAUCUGGGACGACGUAGUAAGAUUGUGCUGGAGCAUCUGGGAAAAGAUGCUCAUUCCAUACAUUUGGGCAUAAAUUUGGACUCUGGUUUGGGUGUUUUCGAUGCCUUUUUCGCGAGUUUAUGUAUGAUACUUGUGAGCGAGAUUGGAGAUGAGACAUUUAUCAUAGCAGCUCUAAUGGCAAUGCGUCAUCCGAAGUCCAUUGUUUUGUCUGGGGCUCUGAGUGCCUUGGUUGUGAUGACAGUGCUCUCCACUGGACUUGGUAGGAUAGUUCCAAAUUUGAUAUCGAGGAAGCAUACAAAUAGUGCAGCUACAGUUCUUUAUCUAUUCUUCGGUUUGCGUCUGCUUUAUAUUGCUUGGAGAUCUGAUCCUAAAGCAUCCCAGAAGAAGGAAAUGGAGGAGGUUGAAGAGAAGCUAGAGGGAGGACAAGGAAAAACAUCAAUGCGCCGUUUCUUUUCAAGAUUCUGUACUCCAAUAUUUUUGGAGUCAUUUAUUCUGACCUUCCUGGCCGAGUGGGGGGAUCGUAGUCAGAUUGCUACUAUUGCUCUUGCGACACACAAAAAUGCUCUAGGCGUUUGCGUUGGGGCCACACUAGGGCAUAUGGUCUGCACAUCAGUGGCCGUGGUGGGAGGAAGCAUGUUGGCGUCCAAGAUCUCGCAACGCACAGUCGCUGCUGUUGGUGGCUUCCUCUUUUUGGGAUUCUCCAUAUCUUCCUAUUUCUAUCCUCCACUAAAUGCGAUGAACUCUACUCUUUUACGUUCUAAAUUCUUCCAUUAUUCCAUUGCUAUCAACCAUUGUUUCAAUCCUUCUAUAAUCUUCACUUCUUCAAUCAUUCCAUAUUCAACUCAAAAUCAGAUUUUCUGGGAACAAUUUCAACGAUCAAAUGUUCAUUUUUCCUCUAAACACCAUGAAAAACCCCCACAAAUGUUGGGUUUUAUUAAUAAUCUCAAUGAUGAGCUCACUCUUAAGACCCUUCAUGGAAGAUUAAUCAAGAAUGCUUCCAUUGUUGAUUUGGAUGUUGGGAACUAUGUGUUAAGUGUUUAUGCAAAGUUAAAGGAUUUGGGUUCUGCACAGAAGGUGUUUGAUGAAAUAUCUGAGAGAAAUGUUCGUACUUGGACUGUUCUGGUUUCUGGGUAUGCUCGAACUGGGUUGUUUCGAGUUGGGUUGGAUUAUUUUGCUAGAAUGCUUGUUGAGGGAGUUUGUCCAAACGGUUUUACGCUUUCGAGUGUGUUUAAGUGUUGUUCUUCUGUAGGUUUGGUUCAUGAUGGUAAAGCAAUUCAUGGGUGGAUACUAAAAAAUGGGAUUGGUUUGGAUGUUGUGUUGAGGAAUUCUAUUAUUGACUUUUAUGUGAAAUCUGAGGAGCUUGAUUAUGCUAACAAAUUGUUUGAGUUCAUGGAUGAUGUCGAUACUGUUUCGUGUAAUAUAAUGAUUGCUGCUAAUAUGAAAAGUGGUGAUGUGGAGAGUUCUCUUGAAUUGUUUAGAAGGUUGUCCACCAAAGAUGUUGCAACCUGGAAUACAGUUAUAUCAGGUUUGAUUAGAAAUGGGUUUGAAGGAAUGGCAUUGGAACUCCUUUAUGAGAUGGUAAAAGAAGAAGCUUGCUUCAAUGAAUUUACAUUUAGUACAGCAUUGGUUUUGGUUUCCUCUUUAUCAAUGCUAGGGCUUGGGACAGAAAUACAUACUCGAUUGAUGAGACUUGGAUUCUAUGAUAACGAGUACAUAAGAUCGUCAUUGAUUGAUAUGUAUGCCAAGUGUGGGGUGAUUGAGAAGGCAUCAGUUGUGUUCAAGCAAAUGCAUCAAGGUUUUCCUGAAAAACCAAGCUUGAAGAUAAAUGGUAAAACAUUAACUGUGGACACUGUUUCUUGGAGCUCUAUGGUUUCAGGAUAUGCCCAAAACGGGAAAUUUAAAGAAGCCUUAGCAAUGUUCUGUCAUAUGGUCACUGAAGGAGUUGGAGUGGACAAAUAUACUCUCACUACCAUUGUCUCUGUAUGCGCUGAUUAUGGGUUGCUUGAUUUUGGAGAGCAGAUCCAUGGCCUCUUACAUAAGAUUGGACAUGAAUUCGAUCUAGUUUUGUGCUCUUCAUUGGUUGAUAUGUAUUCAAAAUGUGGAAGUUUAGGGAAUGCUCAGAAAAUAUUCGAUCAGACUACCACUAGGAACACUAUUCUAUGGACUUCAAUAAUAAAUGGAUAUGCUUUCCAUGGGCAUGGUAGAGUAGCAAUUAGACUUUUUCAAUUGAUGGUGGAGGAAGACAUUCAACCAAAUGAGGUAACCUUUGUGGCGGUUUUAACUGCAUGCAGCCAUGCUGGGCUAGUUACUGAAGGUCGCAAUUAUUUCAGAGUAAUGAAAGAAGUUUACAACAUGAUGCCUGGAGUCGAACACUUUACUUGCAUGGUUGAUCUGUUUGGCCGUGCUGGCCUCCUGGAUGAGAUAAAGAACUUCAUUUAUGAGAACAAUCUAUCACAUCUUAGCUCAGUAUGGAGGGCCUUCUUAUCUUCUUGUCGACUUGAAAAAAAUUAUGAUAUGGGAAAGUGGGUGUCCGAAAAGUCACUUGAACUAGAACCAUUGGAUGCAGAACCUUAUGUUUUGCUGUCGAACAUGUGUGCUACCAGUAACAGAUGGGAAGAAUCUGCUAGGGUUAGGAGUUCAAUGCAGUAUAAGGGUGUUAGAAAGCACCCAGGUCAAUCUUGGAUACAAAUGAACAAUCAAGUUUAUACUUUUGUGAUGGGUGAUAGGUCUCAUCCACAAGAAGCUGAUAUAUAUUCAUAUUUGGACAGCCUAAUUGGUAGACUGAAGGAGAUAGGUUAUUGCACUAAUUUAGAGCAGGUUACGCAAGAUGUUGAAGAGGAACAACAGGAAAUGUUUCUCCGUUAUCAUAGUGAGAAGCUAGCUGUCGUGUAUGGUAUCAUUAGCACGACCAGUGUAACACCAAUACGGGUCAUGAAAAACCUUCGAGUUUGUACAGAUUGCCAUAAUUUCCUCAAGUAUACUUCUCAGCUUUUAGGUAGGGAAAUAAUCGUCAGAGAUAUUCGUAGAUUUCAUUAUUUCAAGAAUGGACUUUGUUCUUGUGGAGAUUACUGGUGA